AUGGAGGUGAGUGGUGCCCAGAAGCAAAAAUCGUGGGCUGGACCGGCGCAGUUGUGCUUUCUCUUCCAGGAUGGGGGCACGAGCCUCUUUCAGGGCCACUUCAUCGACUUAGGCAGCCGUCAAUGCUUCGGGGUCACUGCCACUGAAACGGAGGUGCCGGCUGCCGAGGCGCAGUGCUGUUGCUGUCAGGGCGACGAUGCUCCGACGUGGUAUCGUCUCGCCAUCAUCGACUUCAAGACGGGGCGGGAGUUCACAGAGGUGGUGAGCAAGCGCGGUGGCGACUACGCGCUCAUCCACGGCCAGCGCACCAAGUUCAUCACCGACUCGCUUCUGACCGACGAGAGGAAUGGACGGUUCGGGGUGUCGCUGGAGGGGCUGGACGAGUCGGCCGUGCUGGUGUGCAUCGGCCAAUUCGAGAUGCACUCCAUCCCCGCCUUCUCCUCUUCCUCGGACGACGAGCUGCUCGAAGAGGAGAAGCCAGAGCCACCAGAGGCCAGCGGACACCACCACCAUCAUCCGCACCACCACCAUGACGUGCAGUCUCACGAGCGAUGUUGCGGCCUAGCUGGUGCUGAUGACGCAGUGGCCGACGGCCAAGUGGCGACGCUUAACACGGUGAAGGAAGAAGAGACCACCAUCGAACACAGCAAGCCACCAGUCCCGGCCAGCAGCGACACGAGCCAGUCUGGCUUGUCGUCGGGCGGCUGGCUGCGACGCGGACGGCGGCCAGAACCAACCGAGCAGUAA